GCUGGUGUGAGAUAGUGCGAGCGUAGGGGUAAGAAGUUUCCAGACAGUUGUUUUAGCAGACAAUAACCAUCCAAAUAACUGUCUUCAACACAGAUAACGGACCUGAACAGCGCCAUUUUAGAAGAAGCUCUGACCACAGAAGCAGCAACUGCAAAGAGGACAAACAUGCCUGCUCUCUCUGCACCCACUGAUACCAGCAGCUCACCCCCUUCUCCAGUGGACAGCAGCCCCAGGAGGCUGUCCUGGGGCAAGCUGGUGCAAAGAUUGACGGAUUUCAGCACAUCUUCCAACAGCAGCAUUGAGCUGGGGUACAACAAUGGCAGCAGGAGUGAUCUCUCAGACUCAGGGUCAGACAUCUCCAGUGACCUGUCUCCCUCCAAUGAAGACCUGUUUUACAAUCCAAUGGAGGAGAUGAUCCUGAAAGAAGUAGUGGACCUUAUCGCACGAAGCUUAAGAGAUGCCAAAGACUCAGAGUGCGCCUUACGAUGUACCAAGCUGCUCAUUCCCGAGAAACUCCUGGAGCACAUCGGACAGGAGCUCCUUCACCUGGCAGCUAGUGAGCCCUGCGGUUUAAGAGGGGCUCUCAUUGACCUUUGUGUUGAGCAAGGGGCUGUCUGUGAGAGCAUGGGACAGCUAUCGGUGGACCCCUACCUUGUCCCCACCUUUCAGCUGACUCUGGUGUUGAGGCUAGAGUCUGGUGGGCUGUGGCCCAAAAUCCAAGGACUUUUUAGCUCAAAGUCCCCUUCCACUCCAGUAGUGAGACAAGCUAUUAAACUUAGUACUGGUUUCCGUGUGAUAAAGAAGAAACUGUAUUGUUCUGAAGAACUGCUCAUCGAGGAAUGUUGAGAAGUGCGAGUGGCCGCCCAGUUAAUGUCACAGAAGGGCCUUAUUACUAUUACUGUAUGUGUGAUGCCUUCUGAAGUGCAAGGAUGGACUUCGUCAUGAUGUUGCCAAUUGUUCCUACUGUAAGGGAGUUGAAGUUUAUGGUACCUGCAGCAGUGCGCUGCUGUUCAUUGACAUUCAGAUUUGAAAUUACAAAUGUGUAACCAUCAUGCUAUAUCCGGUAAAUAGGCAUUUUUGCGAGUAUUAAAGUGCGUACCUCAGUUUCUAUUGAAACCACAUGAUGGCAGCUAGCUAUAUGGUUAUAGUCAUUGAAGAUCAGUGUUCUUUUCUUCUUCUUUUUUUACAAGGCAAUGAACUGAAUUGUACUCCAAGUGAUGAAUUGUACUAUAAGCAUACCAUUAGGGACCUUAGUGACUGCUUGAAUUCAAGAGCAAAGGCUUACCAGUGCUUGCCUUGUGCAGUAUAAGUGUAAGCUGUGGCUAAUAUUUCAAAUGUAACUUCAUCCUGUAUCUGUGUAGACCAGUCCUGCUUUCGACUUUAUUUAUUUGAUAUUCAAAUACUCAUAACAUUGCACUGUUUUUGUACUUUCAUGAUUGCAAAUAAAUUAUUUUUUUAACAA